UGCGCAAUCAGCCGCGGCCUGAGGCUGGUAGUCCUUUUUACGCCCGUUGCGGAAGGUUCCGGGCACUUCUCCUAGCUCCUCCACUUUCCCAGUCCCUGCAGGAUUUUAUUGAAGUAUUAUUUGGAGAAAGUAUCAUGGAGAUUCUGCGUCCACAGCUUAUUAGGAUUGAUGGACGAAUUUACAGGAAAAAUCUCAUUCAAGAAAAGACUUACCAACAUGAAGAAGAUGAUGAAGACUUCUAUCAAGGCUUCAUGGAAUGUUCCGAAGAGCCCUGUGACACCUAUGGGGUGGUGCAAACCCAGCAAGGGUUCCGGUGUACUGUGAAGGCUCCCAGUCUGCUCUACAAGCAUAUUGUUGGAAAGAGAGGUGACACCAGGAAGAAACUAGAAGUGGAAACCAAAACUUCGAUUAGCAUUCCUAAGCCUGGACAAGAUGGAGAAAUUGUUAUCACUGGACAGCAUCGAAGUGGUGUAAUCUCAGCCCGGACUCGGAUUGAUGUACUUCUGCUCACUUUUAGAAGAAAGCAGCCCUCCACUCACUUCCUCUCCUUUUUCCUCAAUGAAGUUGAGGUUCAGGAGCGAUUUUUGAAGUUCCAGGAGGAAGUAUUGGAGAAAUGUUCCAUGGAUGAUGGUGUUGAUAGCACCAUUUUCCAGAAUCCCAAAAAGCUUCACCUGACCAUUGGGAUGUUGGUACUAUUGAGUGAGCAAGAGAUUCAGCAAACAUGUGAGAUGCUCCAGCAGUGCAAAGAGGACUUCAUUGAUGGCAUUUCUGGUGGCAAACCCCUGGAAGUGGAGAUGUCAGGGAUAGAGUACAUGAAUGAUGACCCCGGGAUGGUGGACGUUCUUUAUGCCAAAGUCCAUAUGAAAGAUGGUUCCAACAGGUUGCAGGAACUAGUUGAUCGUGUGCUAGAGCGUUUUCAGGCAUCUGGACUAAUAGUGAAAGAUUGGAAUAGCGUGAAACUCCAUGCUACAGUCAUGAAUACUCUGUUCAGGAAAGACCCCAAUGCUGAAGGCAGGUACAAUCUCUACACAGCAGAUGGCAAAUAUAUCUUCAAGGAAAGAGAAUCAUUUGAUGGCCGAAACAUUUUAAAGGACAGAGAGAAGUUGAGAGGGGAGGAGGAGCUGCAGAGCAGGAGGGAGAAACACCAGGAGAGCUACUUCACUGCUCAUGAAGCUCCCCGCUUGCAGCAAUUUGAAAACUUCUACUUUGGCACUCUAAAGCUCAAUUCACUUCACAUCUCUCAGAGGUUCACGGUAGACAGCUUUGGAAACUAUGCCUCCUGUGGACAUGUUGACUUCUCCUGAGGUGGAUCUUGAGAAGCACUAGAUGUUGAAUACCUACACCCCCUCCCAAGCACCUCCAUGAGGUUCUGAAGGGAAAGAUCUUCAUUUUAAUGCCAAGAAGUGUGGAGAUUUGGAUGAUAACUUUCCUUGAUGGUUCCCUGUGAACAGCGUGAUUUCUGAUGGUUGUUGACAGUCAUCAAACAGUUCAUCAAGAUGGCUGUACUUCUCUAUAAAUGAAGCUUUUCUCUGUAAAUGUACUUCUCUAUAAAUGAAGCUUUUCUCUGUAAAUGUACUUCUGAAAGCCAUUAGAAUUCAAGUCCUGUUAUUUCUUAUAUACUUAUUGAUUUUAACUCAGCCAAAACUCUUCUGUGUUAUACUUUAAAAGAAAAUUAAGGGAGUCGGGCGGUAGCAUGGGGGUUAAGCGCACGUGGCAUAAGGCACAAGGACUGGCGUAAGGAUCCCGGUUCAAGCCCCGGGCUCUCCACCUGCAGGGGGUCACUUCACAAGCGGUGAAGCAGGUCCGCAGGUGUCUCUCUUUCUCUCCCCCUCUCUGUCUUCCCCUCCCUCUCCAUUUCUCUCUGUCCUAUCCAACUACAACGACAUCAAUAACAACAAUAAUAACUGCAACAAUAAAACAAGGGCAACAAAAGGGAAAACAAAUAUUUAAAAAAAUUUUAAUUAAGUAUUUUAUUGAUUUAUUUGCCCAGAUCAAAUGUUUAUCAUUUCUAGCUUUAUAUUUCCCAUCCCCUCUUAAGCUUUAUGAAACAUUUAUUCUUAAUGAUAAAGAUACAGAAAGUACACAGAGGGGUACCAGAGCUCAGCUCUAGUUGAUUGUGGUGCUAGGAUUGAGCCUGGGACUUCCGAGCAUCAGGCCUGACAAGUCUUUUGUAUAACCAUUAUGCUGUCACAUCAGCCCUGCCCUAAGUUUUAAUCACUACCACAUACCUUUUCUAUUAUGGGACACACACACACACAUACCUUUGCCAUCUUUAUCAUUUUUAAAACGUGGUACCAGGGAAUGAACUCAGGACCUUCUGUAUGUGUACUGCUGCCUAAGAAGACUCCUGGGUCCAGGACUUUGAGCCACGGUGAGGUGCAUACUAUACCAGGUAAGCUCUCUCCAAGCCUGCCAUAUUCACCAUCUUGAAGUUACACUUCAGUUGUGUAUAUUCACAGUGUUGUAAACAUAGCCAGAAUGUUCUCCCCUUGCACACCUAGAACUUUCUGUUUAUCCACUCAUUCAAUAUCGGUAGGCCCCUUUCAACCUCUUGGCUAUUUUUGAAUAGUGCUCUAUGAAGUUAGACAUCCAAAUCUUUCUAAGACCCUGCUUCUAGUUUCUUCACUACUCAGAAUUUAUAUUUACCCAAGCAACUGUGUUAAAAGUUUUUACUUUACCCUUUGUGCUCUUUCUUCUGAAGUUGCUUUUUUUUUGUUUGUGAGAUUCCUGUUCCUUGACCCUUCUCUAACCCUGGCCUCCCAUACCCCUGGUGGAGUUACAAUGUAUUCUACCUUGUUCCUGUUUACUUCUCUGGCAAGCAGUAGUAGAAACUAGUGAUGAUGUUAACAAAACUGAGCAGAGUUCUCUUCCUUAAGACCUACAAAGCAAGGCGUUCCCAGUGUGCCCCACCCAGCCAUCCUGCCUUAAGCCAUCUCACUGUGACCUUUCAUCUCCCCCAUCUCACAUCCUUCCGACUGUCUUCUCUUUUCUCUUUCCCUCAUUCCUUAUUCUAGUAUUUUGAAACUUUUGUUUCUUUUUGAGUAUUCUGACUCUGAACCCUAUCCUGCAUGGCAUGCUCCCUAUACAGUGAGGUUUAUGUCUAGCAAUCAGAGAUUUAUUACAUCGUUGUUGUGACUGCACAAAUCACUUGUGAAUGAGUGAAUUUACAAGGGGACCAGGUGGUGGUGCAUCUGGUUAAGUGCGCAUAUUACAGUGCACAAGGAGCCAGGUUUGAGCCCUUGGUCCCCACUUUCAGGGGGACAGCUUCAUGAGUGGUGAAGCAGUGCUGCAGGUGUCUCUCUGUCUCUCCCUCUCUAUAACCACCUUCCCUCUCAAUUUCUGGAUAUGUCUAUCCAGUAAAUAAAGAUUU